AAACUGUCGAUCUGUUGUAUUCUGGUCAACAAUCCCUGCAGGCACCUACUUCAUUCACACUGAUCAAAUAAUAAUAGCAGGCGAGAAUUAGCAUUGUUACACGUCGCGGCUGCCUUGGGCUACCUACCCGCGCCUUCGACUUGCAUUCCUCGUUGCAAACCAUCUCUGGUCACCACAACACCUCAGGUACACAACACUCUCUCGGCCUGCAUUGGAAUUCUGGCCUGGUGCGUGGACAUCAGCAGCACCACCAGCAGCAGCAGCCGCAGCAGCGAGGAGCAGCACAGCAUGGCGGAUCCGCCGCUCCCAUCCCCCGGAGACUGGCAAAAUGCACAGCGUGUUAUCCGCGCGCUGUGUCUGCAGGAAAAGUACCGGCAGUGCAUUCAAGUCUGCCGCGACGUGCUCAGAGCCACCGCCAAUGACCACAAUCCGCAUCCGCUGCAGGAUGCAUACAUCAACUUCUAUCUCGGCCUCUGCCACAACGAAGUCGCCCGGACGAUGCACCACAAUUCCGUGGCGAAGCUGCCCGCCUACGAGGAUGCCGAGAAGCAUUAUCUCGAGGCGCUCACAGCACUCCCGACUGUCAAAGCUGCUCGAGCACUGUGCGUGCGCCGCGUAAAAGAAGAGGUGCCAGAGGAUCCCAUGGUGAAGCAGAGCACCCAUGUUCGUGGCCCGGCCUCGCCAACGGCUACCGAAUACAGCUUUUUCGAUCGACCCUCCUCCCCGGCAAGCUCGCUGAUGUUGUCAUCGUCACCACGAAGACAUCGGCCUGCCGAGAGCCUACCAUUCACCUCUUCACCUUUCGACUCGCCUGCGUGGGCGCCCUCGGAUACAGAGGACCUUGAAAGUCAUCAAAGCUUUUCCGAACUCAUGACACCCCACCGUAUGCAGCGCAACUAUGCAGCUUUCGAGCAGACCACGCCUAAGCCGAGGUACCUGCCACGGGAGGCAUCUCGAAUGUCUCUCAUCGAGUGCUCGCCUCGAACGAACAUGCUCCCACACGACGCGUCCAGGCCGUCUCUACUAGACAAGAAUUCAUUAGCCUCCAUGCCGCCGAGACCGAGCAGUAGGCUGAUGAUGUCGUCCCAAAUGGGAUCGCCUGCCAGGCGGGACUCGCACAUGCCUCCUAAUAUGCCCUACUCAGGUACCUUCCGGCACUCGCAGCUGCCCAGGCUUUCAAUCCAAUGUGAUCCUCGUAUGAGCGCGCCCCGGCUCGGACGAUCCAACACCAGACCGAGUACUCCAGAUCUUGUCUCUCCCGUGUCACCGGUGUCACCGGCCUCGCCAUUGUCACACGGGUCUUCCGUCUCACCGGUGUCGCCCAUCGCUACUGAUGGACUUGACUACUUUCAUUCCUCGGACGCAUCUACGAUGUCUGGUAUAACCACACCGCACCGACAGACCAAACUGUACGAAACACCGGCGCCUGCGUUCAUACCAGUAUCAGUGCCAUCAGCAGACACAUUUCAGCCGAAGGAAAUAUUCGAUGCAGGCAUGUUUGCGCGUGUGACAGAUCAUCUCACAGCAAUGCGUGCCCAGCUCGAGACACACAUGAAGACUGUGCAGAAUGCCAAGGAACAUAUCCACCGUGCGCAGGCACUGCAGGCGCUGAGCCGGCCACACAGUAACAAGGGAAACCGUGGCAUGUUCAGUACACCGUCUGUUGCGAGUACGCCAUCUCGACAGCAGAGCCUGCAGACGAGUCGCAGCUUCUGGUCAUUCGCACCGGAAGAUCAGAAGACGAGAAAGAAGAAGGAGCGCAUCGAGGAGGGCAGAGAGAGAAAGUGGUUGAAAGAGCGAUUUGAUCCUUUGAAGUACCAGCGACUAUGCGAGAAUGCUCUGAACGAGCUAUGA